AUGGACAAUGUAAAGAGGACAUGUACAGUUGACUCAUCUGGCUCGGACUCCGAAAUCGAUCCUGUCCGAAACAAGAAUGAAAUAAGCCAACUAAUUGGAGACGAUCGACCAUUUCACAUACUUGCCUUUGGGGUGUUUGGUUUCAUCCUCCAGAUUUUUUUCUCCAUUGGAAUCUCGGCAUCUCAAGACAUCUUGGAAGAAACUUUACUACCCACUCCUGUUCUGUUAAUCUCUGCCUCGCUGCCUUUCUUCGUAAUUACCUCUGUCUUGCCGUGCUUCGUUUUAAAGUUGUCUCACAAAGCUCUUCUGGUGCCAGUAGUAGGGCUGGGUAUCACCGGCGUGUUGUUAUACGCUCUGGUUGAGGCCGUAUUUCUUCGGGUCACUGGAGUCAUCGUGGUGUCCACUGGGGUCGCCAUUGGCGAGGUCACUUUCGUCUCGAUGACUGCGUUAUACAGCGACACGGCGAUGAGUUCGUAUUCAGCGGGGACUGGCGUUGGUUUCAUUGCUGGGCCCUUGUACUACACCGCAAUGACAACUUUAAUUUGCCUGCCUCCGGAAACGACUGUCCUUAUCAUUUCUUGGAUGCCUGCAGUUAUCUUUCCUUUUUACAUCACAAUAGAGAGGAGACGUUUCAAGCCACAGGGAGACAUGAUAAACCAUAAAGAAGUCUCUUAUACCGUACUUACCUCUGAAAAUUUGCCAGUGAAAGAUAACCCAUCUUGCGAAGAGAAAAAAACGUUAAUCUGGCAAAACUCACACCUUAUGUUGGCCUGUUUCGUGGGUUACUUUUCUGAGUUUUUGACUCUCAAUGGCGUUGUUACAACUCUGGCCUUUCCAAACUCUUUUUUCGACCCGAGGAACCAUUUUGUUUACUACGCAUGUGUGUUUAUGAUCGGAGAAUGCAUCGGUAGAUCUUACCUAAGUAUCCUGUUCAUUCUUAACUCAAAAUGCACGCCUGUUAUUGCAAGAACAUGGAUUUUAUCUGCAGUGCUUUUGGGUUUGUUCAUUUUCUUAACGUUAACGUCGUGGUAUCGCUUUCUCCACAGUGUCUGGAUUGUCUUAUUACUCAUUUUUAAUAUGGGGCUUUUGGCAGGAAGCCUUUACCUCAAUACGUUUCUUGUAGUCACCGGCGGUGAUGACGUCCAAGGCAAGGCGUUUUCGCGCGCUUUUCUCUCGCUUGGACCUAGUACCGGUGUCUUGAUGGCAGGCUUAGUUGGACUCGUACUGGAACCAACUUUAAGAGAACACUGUUUGCAAUCAACAGAAUUAAGAGAAUUUUGUUUUACAAGGUCAAUGGGUGGAUGGAAUAAAUCCACAUCGUGUUUGCGGUAG